AUGAGCAACACGCCCCUCCAGGACCCAGCUGUCCUGGAACUGUCCUCUGGCAGCGGGCAGACAUUACCCUGCCGACCCUUACAGCCCAUCUCUGAUCCCUCAGCGUCCAAACGAUUGUGCUUCUACAAAAGUGGUGACUAUAAAUUCAGCGGGCAUCGCAUGGUCAUCAACGCCCGCACCUUCAAGACGUUUGAUGCUCUGCUCGAUGCUUUGUCCAAGAAAGUGCCUCUGCCAUUCGGAGUGAGGACCAUCACCACACCUCGCGGGAUCCACCUUGUUAAGGGUCUGGAUGACUUUCACGAUGGGGGAUCUUAUGUGUGUUCUGAUCAGAAACGGGUGAAGCCACUAAACCUGGCUGAAGUAAACCGGCGGCAGGUACCGUGGAAUACCACCAGACCCCUGAGCACUGGGCGGCGAAGACGUUUCCAGUUCGGUCAGUUUAGGGGGAGGAAUGAGGUCGUCAACAGGCCAACAAAGGUCAGCGAAAGGAUGACGCUGCGGACACCGAAAAGACUUGUGGUCGUCAAGAACAAAGAUCCCACAGUUAAAUGCACAAUUGUGUUGCAGAGAAGAACGGCACCAACAUUUGAUGCUUUGCUGGAUUACCUCUCUCAGAUCCUGCAGUUCCCAGUGUUGAAACUCUUCUCCACCGACGGCAGGAGAGUUGACGGUCUUGCUGCACUUAUCCUGUGCUCCGGAGUUGUUGUGGCAGCGGGAAAUGAGCCAUUCAGAUUAGGAAACUACAGUUUUCACAGAACGGGCCAGACGGCACAGGCCUUGUACAUGGAAAGUUCAGAGCCUUCUAUGUUGCAGCCCAGAGCUCAAAACAACAAAUCCUUCUCAAGUGGAAGAGGCUCAAGAAACUUCUCCCUAUCGUCGGAGCGAUAUGUUAUCAACCAAAUAAACAAGUCUCGAAAUGGAAGCACGAACAGCCACCUGCAUCACCACAAUGAAUCAUUUGAUACCGAGGUCAACCAGAGAGGGAGAGUAGAGAAUGAGCAUCACACUUGCAUCUUACCUCAAGACGACGACAUUGAAAAGUCUUUCUGUGUGAAUCAAGAUGGCAGCAUGACUGUAGUAAUGAAAGUGCGUCUGACCAUUAAAGAGGAGGAGAUGCUCCACUGGACCACCACGCUCAGCCGCCACUGCCUUAGCAAGAGGACAGUUUGUGCCUCGAUUUCUGAGUCAGGCAACAGUUCACCUGACUCAAACAACGCCAAAGACUCCUCUAGCAUCAGCGAAGGUGACAGUAAAGAAGAAAACCAUCCCAAUGGAGCUGGAAAGGGUGUCUGCUUUAACGACAAGCAUGUGUACAAGAACUACAAUUCAAAAGCUUUGGGAAAAGCCAAAACGAUCAUCAAACGCGCUCCUACGCCAGGUCCUCGACACGUUAAGAAGACGGCGUCUGUUGAGAGUGUGAAGAUGGUGACAGAGUCUGGGAUUCAAGAGAGCAGCCUGGGACAUUAUUCCUACAUGGCGAGGACGGCUGAUGGUGAGACAACUGAGGGAUACUGCGUUGUUAGACACAGCAGCAGCAGCAGCAGCCGACCAAUCCCAAAACCUCGGAAAACGGCCUCUGCUGGAAAAGGCAAGAAAGGCUCCCACUCCUCCAUCAGGUCGUCAGGAGUUGCUGAGGUCCUUCAGAUACAGAAUAACGGGAUGGAGGUUAAAGAAACUGUCAUGCAUAUCUACGAGAGUCAAGGCUGCUAUGACAACUAUAAUGCAAAUGAGGAAUACAGCACAGAUGGCGCACCUUUGCAUGUUUCCUCUUCAGGGCCAAAUAGCAAGCCGUCCACUGAGUCAGGGCCACGCUCUUCCAGCAAUGAUUGUGAUAUAGAUUUUAGCAGGCAGCCCCCCACUGCUGACUCACUACGACUGAAAGAGGAGAUGUUAUCGUUGUCAUCAGAACCAAUAUCUCCAACACAUGAGAUUACGAACAAUCUGUCUACAGUGACUGAGGACGAUGCUCAAACAGCAAGAAACUCCCGGAUUGAGGAUACAGUAAAAAGUGACAAAACUCAAAAAAGCAAAAAGAAUAAAAAAAUGAAUAAACCUGCUCUGAAUCAAAAGAGUUCAACUUCAAAAAGUAGCAAAAAUUCGACUGACAAAGUAAGCAGCAAUACCAGUGUGGGGAAAAAGAGUUUGGGCUCAUCAGAAAGUGCUAAAAGUGGCCAAAAAAGUAAAGAAUUGGAAAAUAAAGCAGAAAAGCUUCAGUCUAAGAAAACUAUUAAACAUGAAAAGAUGCCCAGGAAAAGCUCAUCCUUAUUAGACAAAACCGAAAAUGUAAAAAUAACCCCCCCUAAGAGAAAAGGCAUAAAUGAAGUAGUUGCUAGAGAUAAUGGCCACAAUGUAAAUACUCCAAGUGGAAGGCCUCAAAUGAAAAAGAACAUCUCAGAUAUAUUACAACCGAAAAAAGCACUUCUGCAAAGCAAAAAGACAAUGAGUAAACCCAAAUCCAUGACAGAGAACAGAAUGUCAUCAGCUAAAAAAGCUUUGGAGACAAGUGAAAGUGUUUCAAUGCCUUCCCUGAAUCCUACGCCCUCUGAAAUCCACCAAUAUGUCGAGAACUGGUUGGAGACAGUCAGCCAGGACCAGGUGCCGUACACCGAGGCAAUUCCAGACAAAUCCGAACCUCCGUCAACGGUGGUGUUUCAGAUAGGCGGUGAGUCAGAAUCAGAUGAAAAGAAUGGAUAUCACAAUAAUUUGGCUGACUAUUACCCACUGCCUGGUGAUAAUGUCAAGAAAUCUGCUUCUUGUCUAUUGGUUCCUCUUUACCAAGGACAGCCAGAAACAUCUUUGGUGCACAGUGUUUCUAUGCCAAGUGUCAGAGUUAAACCUGCAAACCAGGAGAACCAACUGAGGGCACAUAAAUCUGCAGAAAUGAUUGGCCCAACUGGCAGUGAGUCAACUACGUCCAACAUUUUAAGUCCUAAAGAAAAGAUAUCACCUGUCCUGCGGCAACUUUGUUCAUCCAUUCAGAACAUCAGAAGGGCGUCAGACAACAACACGACAUAUAACCUUGAGAAGUCCAACAGCCUCCCUGAUUUCUCAACACAAGUAGCGUCAGUGUUCGGCUCAUCAUGCAAAGCAUUUGUGUCCUUCUUGUCAGUCAUGACUCUGAGAGACGACCUAACGGUCUCUGCUCCAGGCGAUGGCGACCAACCGAGAAGCACCUCAGAGGCCAUGCUAAUGAUGCAGUCCCUAAUGAAAAUAUCUGCCAUUGAGGACAAAGAAGAGCUGAGGGCAAGUCUGACAAACCUGCAGAGCAGCUCAUCUUCUCAGUUCAGAGAACGAUGGAAGGAUUUCCAGAUUUUGAGGGAAAGGCUUGAAAGUGAGCCACUUUCUCCCAAAGUUUCAGAAACCGAGUUUGCCCUGGACCUUGCCUCGGAAGGUAGCGAUAUAUUUGAGGAUCAACAUCUGACUAUAGAUGAGCUGAUGGAGGAGCUGAAUAUGCCUCAAGACCUCAGAUCAGAAAUUUCCUCAACAAUCCAACAGGCUAGAAGUUUUUACCCGCCGGAAGAGAGCACUUUGGUAGAAACUGAAAGAAACCAGUCGGAAUCAGAGGAAGACUUGGAGAAGUUUGUUGAUGAAUCCAAUGAUGAAGCAAAGUUAACAGAUCCUGAUGACACCUGCGCAGAUGAAAACGUAGCAGGAAGGACACAGGAUAAUGAUGAUGGAGAUAGAAAGUCAGAUCAAGAACCUGAUGAAGAUCAGGAAAUGGGCAAUGAUGUGAAAGAUUCAGAAAUUUCACAGACAGAACAAGAUGAGGCACUGAAAGUCAAACAAAAUGAGACAGAAGAAGAUGAAGAAGAUGAAGACCAGGUAGAGGAGGACAGGGAGGACAAGAAGGCAGGAGAGGAUGGAGAAACUAAUGAGACAAAUGAUGAUGAUGGUAAAGAGGAGGCAGUGAUGGAAGAUGUUGAAGGGCAGAAAGCAGAGAAAGGAAGUGUCGAGGAAUCAGUUGAGAAAGAAAAGAAGGAGGAAGAAGAGAAGGAAAAGAUUGAUGGACAAGCAGUUACAGAGUAUGAUGUAGAGGAAGAGGUGGAGAAGGUUAUUGAGGAGACAGAAGAGGAAGAGGAGGUAGAAAACAUCUUCGACAUAGAAGAAGAAGUGGAUGAGGUUAGUGAGGAUUUAAAUGAAGGAGCAGAUAAAGUUAAAGAGGAGAAAGAUGAGGAAGAAGGGGUAGAUAAUGUAACUGAAGAGGUGGUCGAGGAAGAGGAGGAGAAGGAGGAAGAGGAGGAGGAAGAAAUGGAGGUGGUUUGCAUAGAAAGCAAUGAAGAGGAAGAGGAGGAGGAGGAUGAUGCUGAGGAAGAGUCAGAAGAAAAUGAGGGAGAGGAGUUUGAGACUGAAGAGGAGAGGGAAGAUUACAAAGAAAAUGAGGGAUCAGACCAGGUGGAAAAACAAGAAUCAGAAGAGGAGGUGGGAGAAGGAGAUGUUUCUGGAGACGCAGACAGUUUUGAGGACGAUGACGGUUGUAAAAACCUGCUGGAAGAGGCUUCCUAUUUGCAGCAGAGCAGUCACAAGGAAGCAAAUGAAGAGUGUAACAGUGAAUCACCGACCAAAUAUUCCUCUGAGGGGCAGUGUGAGUCCGCUAAAGGCAACGGAACAGACAAUGAUCUUGAAACAGACGAGGGAGGGGAGCAUCAUGAGGAGAGGAGCAUCGGCCUGAUACAUCCUGUGGAAAUAUCACAGGAGUUACUCGACUUUGUUAACUCUGCCCUACAGUCGUCUUCGCUCACAUUCACGUAUGACGCUCGGGGGAACGUCAGGAUUGAACAGGAUUACGCUCGAGUUGUACAAACUAUGCCAACUCUUAUUCCAAGAAGAAGAAAGGACAGUUCUUACGGCUUAAAGCGUCUCCCCAGCCCGAACACGUCUGAUUUAUCCGAUUACAGACCAGAUACCUCAGAGAGUGGUGGGUAUAAAACUCAGGAGUCUGUAGAUAUUGUUACAGAUAGCGGAGAGGAGGCCUCAGAGAGAUCCUCCCCUGCCUUGACACCUCAGAAUGAUUUCCCUCGUGUGGACUCCAAACUGUCUCUUGCAAGUAAUGCAGAAGUCUUACAAAGUUCCAGGAUAAAAAGUGAAGAGAGUUUCUCUUCCAAUGAUUCAGACACCAAAGCCUCAAAAGAGGAUCUGUCUUAUUUUAGUGCUGCAAGCUCAUUAAAGGCAGACGCUGAAGCUGCAGCUGAGGCCGCACAGUGCGUAGGCUCAGAGAAGGACACCGGGGAUGGGGUUUUGAUUGAUCAAGGGAGGUGGCUGCUCAAGGAGAACCACCUCAUAAGAAAGUCCCCUCCGAUCACCAUGGGAAUGUACGGUAACGUGGACAGCAGCUCCACAGAUACAGGUCAGGAGAACGCUGGUGAAGAUUUGUCACUUCACCAAACCCAGUCCAACGCCCUCAUUGCCAUAUCCUCAUCGGAGCUCGAGGAUAUGGCAAAGCCUCAAACUCCAAAGUGCACCUACUUCAACAUGCCACACGGGAGUGAUUCAGAUCCCUUUCUGGACGAUUCCAGUGUGAACAGUGUGAAACAGGACACAAGCAGUGGGAAGGGAAGAGGCUUCAGGGUUUCCCCAAUUAUUGAUACUUCCAAAACCCGGCCAAAUAAAACCGGCAGUCUUUCUUCAUUUACAUCAGUUGAGUUCAAACUACCAGAUGGGAAAGUUCAUCCUGAGGGGGAGUCCUCGGCUGUGACACAGCCAAGAAGGACAUCUAGUGGGGGAGGUAGUGCACUGCAGGCACAGGACUCCCCGGAGACACUGCAUGUGAGAUGUGGACAGUACUGCCCCAUACUAUGA